UAAAGUCAUGUUCUUUUUAUUUGUUUAGUUCUCCUCCUCCUCCUCUUCUCUUACGUCUUGUAAAUAUGGGAUAAAGAUAAAUGAAUUCUCAAAUAAAAAAUGUUAUUUUCUUCAAUUUGUGUUCAAUUCCAAGAGAAAUAAAAAGUUUGGUUCGUCUUCGCGCAUAAAUUGAAGUUCUACUAGCAGAAGAACCAGAACAAUGGAGGACUAUUUCGACGACUACGAGGAAGAAGAUCUGUACGAAGAUUAUGACUUUGACAAAAGGCUUUUGUUUCCAUUUAGCCGGCAAACUCUAGAGGAAACUUUCAAGAACUGUGUCCUUCCUUCACUCAGUCAGAUUGCAACUUAUGCGGGGACUCUGAUCGGCUGGAAUUUGCUGUGUCGAUUGGCUUGGCUUAUGGCAAAGUGCGCUGGCAUACGGCCAUGGGUAGAUCACCUAAUUUCCUUUGUAACCGGCUGCGGCGUUCUCUAUUACACAAUUGGCCUGGAUUUCCUUGUCGUGCUGCUCUUCGCGAUGGUGUCCUAUGUAAUCCUGAGCAUCCUGGAGUACAGGCAGUCCAGAAGCACGGGCUACGUAAUGGGGGCUAUUUGCAUAGUGGGUCUGUUCCUGUACGAGCUGCUGGCUGAAAACCCCACAGUUUGGCAUAAGAUUCGAGGAGUGCAAAUGAUUGCCACGAUGAAAGUUGUGUCACUUGCAUUCGAUUUGGAUGCUAAAAAGCAUGCGCGCACUCCAGCCUUGUUCCCGUUCCUUGGGUAUAUGCUGUGUCCGGCUAAUGCCGUGCUCGGUCCGUGGAUGGCUUAUGACGAGUACACUGUGAGCUUGGAUCAAUCGAGGAUAGAAUUCCGGUGGUUUCUGUGGACGGUGUCAAAUAGUCUGGCAUCGCUGGGUUUCCUCUUGCUUUCGAAUUGUUUCGUGGCGCUUAUUUGCACUGAUUACGCUUCAAAAUGGAUUAUAGCCUUCCGUGAUGCCUUGUCCUUCCGUUGCAGUCAUUAUUUCAUCUCAUUUCUUUCUCAGGCCACAAUGGCGGCUGCUGGUGUGCACACCAGUCAGAGUUUUGGGGACAAAUCAAGAAUCUUUGGGAGUUUGGUCACUAAACCGUGCUCCAUAGAGGUGCCGCGCUCGCUUACCGAGGUGGUCCGUAAUUGGAACAUUCCAAUGCACCGAUGGCUGAAGACUUACGUCUUCCGAACCAUCAAGAACAGGAGCACCCUGGCUGCCAUCAUAUGCACAUACGUGGUGUCGUCGCUUUUGCAUGGAUUGCACUUCCAAAUAUACGCUGUCCUCCUAUCUCUCGGUAUCUUCACCUUCAUCGAGUUCCAACUUCGGUCGAAAAUUGCGAGCAUUUUCGGAGCAUGUAUCCUGCCAAACCCCUGCCGCCAGAGAGCCUGUUCCCAUGAGCACAAGUGGAAGUCCACGUUCAGCUUGGUAAUGAAUUCGGUGUUUGGAUUGUUGACGAUGAUGCAUUUGGCCUACUUGGGCAUAAUGAUGGAGGGAACGAGCUCACCCAAUGCUCAAGCUAACCGGUUUUCCAUUCAAGCAGGGUUCAAUAAAUGGAUGUCACUGGACUUCCUCAGCCACUGGAUAUUUGCCUGCAGUUAUCUAUUUUACUUGGUAGUCUAGUCUUUCAAAUAUAAUGUAGCUCAAUAACCUGCGGCAGAUGCCUAGUUAAGAGGCUUCAAAUGAGACUUUCAUAACUAAAUACCUACAUAUACAUAUAUACAUAUAUGCGUACUUAAAACUACAGUUUUGUUUGGUAAUUUUUGUGUGUGUGUUUUGUGAUAGAUAUUAUUUCCAAGUAUGUACUUAAAAACUCCAAAGUGUCGAAACUGCAUAGAACAGUAUUUUUAGACUCGUAACUAGUAUUUUUAUUUUUGAUACGAGCUUCCAUAGGAAAUAAAAAUAUAGAAGUAUUUAUACCUAA